AAUGAGCAACCUAUUCACACUUACAUGAUCACAAACUCCUUUGUUUCCCCAUCUUUUAGAAUGGUCCGGCCAGGCUGUCCAGUCAUUCUGCUCCACCUCUUCAGCAUCUUUGUACAGACGGGAGCUCGUACUCAGGAUAUCCUGUACCCAUAUGGACCCGGCCAUAGGGAUCUAGAGACCCCAAAGAUGGAUGAUGGGAGCUCUGCUGAAAUUACUUUGCUCAUUCCAUUCGUUUUCUUCAUUAUCCCAUACCGUUCCAUCUAUGUCAACAACAACGGUGUGAUCUCCUUCAACGUGCAGGUUAGCCAGUUCACACCAGAGGGUUUCCCCCUGAGUGACAGCAGAUCAUUCAUUGCUCCACUUUGGGCAGAUGUGCACAACGGCAUCCGCGGAGAUGUGUACUACAGAGAAUCCACUGAACCGGAAAUACUGGAAAGGGCAACGCAAGAUGUCCGGAAGUAUUUUAAAAACAUGCCCAGCUUUACAGCCACCUGGGUCUUUAUUGCAACAUGGCACCAAGUCACCUUCUACGGAGGAAGCCAGACAACCCCGGUGAACACAUUCCAAACUGUACUAAUCUCAGAUGGCGUGGCCUUCUUCAGUAUGUUCAACUAUGGAGAAAUCACAUGGAGCACAGGAACAGCCAGUGGGGGAGAUCCUUUAACAGGACUGGGUGGGACAACAGCUCAGUCAGGUUUUAAUGGUGGAGACAUCGGUCACUUCUUCAACCUGCCCGGAUCACGAUCAAAUGAUGUCGUGAACAUUGAACAGACAACCAACGUAAAUACCCCUGGGCGCUGGUUCUUCCGCGUAGACACUGAACUGAUCGAUCCUGCCAAUGGCUGCAGCUUCAAUGGACGUUUUUACAGACGAGGGGAAAUCUUCUGGCUGUCUGACCAGUGUUCACAGCGAUGUCGCUGCCUUGACCUUGACAACCAGGUGCAGUGCCAAGAGGCUCCAUGCGGGCAGCUGGAGACCUGCGAGCAGCAGGAAGGGGCCUUUUACUGCCAGCCAACCCGCACCAGCACUUGUGUGGUAUUUGGCGACCCUCAUUACCACACCUUCGAUGGCUUCCUCUAUCACUUCCAGGGAACUUGCUCCUACCUGCUGGCCCGGCCCUGCUGGGAGGUAGCAGGGCUGCCUUUCUUCAGCGUGGAGGCCAAAAAUGAGAACCGUGGGGUCGCCUCUGUUUCUUGGCUUAGAGAUGUGACAGUGGAGGUGUAUGGUCACAGAGUCAUGUUACCCAAAGGCAGUUUGGGGACAGUCCAGGUUGAUGGCUUGAUGAAGACUUUACCGGUUCAGCUCCAGCUUGGUGCUAUCAGGGUCUACCAGUCUGGGGUUGCCAUUGCUUUAGAAACAGACUUUGGGCUCUUGGUAACCUAUGAUGGCCAACACUAUGCAUCCAUCUCCCUACCCAGCUCCUACUUCAACAACACUUGUGGCCUUUGUGGUAACUACAAUGACGACCCCGCUGAUGAUCCUGUGCUUCCUGACGGCUCUCUAGCAGAAAGUGUUGUGGAGUUAGGGGGCAGCUGGCGAGCAGAGGACACAGACUGGAGAUGUACAGAUGGCUGCGCCCAGAACUGCAGCGUGUGUGAUCCUUUAACAGAAGCCUUCUACUUUCGCUCAGACUACUGUGGCCUCAUCAACAAAACUGAUGGACCUUUUAGGGACUGCAGAGCUGUAGUGGACCCUACAGCCUUUGUUUAUAGCUGUGUAUAUGACAUGUGCAGCAACAGGGAUAAUAUCACCACACUCUGCCAGGCCAUUCAAGCCUACGCUCUGGCCUGUCAAGCCCUUGGUGUCACGAUACGACCCUGGAGAUCUCGUACAUUCUGUGUCUCAGCUUUGUCAUGUCCAGAGUUCAGCCUUUACCAGGUGUGCACAAGUGCCUGCCCAGCCUCCUGCUCGGACCUCACUGCCCCCCUGUAUUGUGCUCACCCUUGCACUGAAGGCUGCCAGUGUGACCAGGGCUAUGUUCUCAGCGGCAGCCGAUGUGUACAGCGGGAAGACUGUGGCUGUGAACAUAACGGCCUCUAUUACCCCCUUAAUAACACUUUCUGGGCAGGUCCCAGCGGUGAGGAAGGAGAAUGUACCCUCCGUUGCACCUGCGGACCUGCCGGGGAAGUCUCCUGCUUCAACGAGUCCUGCAAGGACGGUGAGGUCUGCAAGGCGGAGGUGGGCUUGCUGGGUUGCUACCCUCGAAGGGAGGGAGUGUGUUCAAUAACCCAGAACUCAGUUACAUCCUCCUUUGAUGGCACCUUCAUGCUGUUCCCAGAUGACAGCUCAUACUACCUGCUGAAGCUGUGUGGUCCAGUGCCAGCUAAUGGCUCCAUGGUCGAGGUGAAGAUGGGCAGGCGGCUGGUGAACAAAGGCCCCUCUUGGAAAAGACCUGUAGUAGUUAUAGUGGCUAACCUGGAAGCUCAGAUGGGAGGGACAGAUUUUGAUAUAGUAAAGGUGAAUGGUGAACCAGUGGCGCUCCCAUAUGUCCAUCCGAUGGAGACAAUGAUGAUCUACAGAGCACCAGGCAAUGCAACAGUGGUAGAGUCCCGUGAUCUGCUUCGUGUCCAGUACACUCGCCAGGGACUCCUCAACAUCUCCCUCUCCACCAUCUUCUACAAUGUUACUUGUGGUCUAUGUGGCGUCUUUAAUAGCAAUUCCACUGAUGACCUUCGCCUUCCAAAUGGACGUCUGGCAGAGUCUACUGAACAGUUCACAGAGGGCUGGCGGUCCAUUGCUGAUGACCUCACUUGUAAUGGUGACUGCGAUGACCUGUAUCGAAUGUGCACAGACUUGCGCCUCUACCAGAGUCCUUGGAUGUGUGGCAACAUCAAUGACCCGGGGAAUAGUUCAUUUCUGGCGUGUCAUGCAGUGGUCAACCCCUCGCCAUUCUUCAGGAAUUGCUUGUAUAAUAUGUGUGUAAAGGAAGGGAAUCGUUCAGCCCUGUGUUCAUCGCUGCAGGCUUAUGCCACCGCCUGUCAGGAUGCUCAAGUAGGCCUUGCUUCUUGGAGGAGCUCCACCAACUGCCCUCUUCCAUGUCCACAGAACAGUCAUUUUGAUGAGUGCACCGGCGCGUGCCCUCUGACCUGUGCCAACUUAGACGAACCUGAAGAGCCAUGCCCUCUGCCAUGCCAAGAGGGGUGUCAGUGUGAGGACGGCUUUGCACUUCGCGACGGCCUGUGUGUAGCUCGCAGUGAUUGUGGCUGCAUGAGCCAUGGGCGCCAGCUGGCCACAAAUCAGACUUUCUGGACCGACUGGGAGUGCCAGGAGCGCUGCUACUGCAAUGGUUCUGACAACAGUGUAUACUGUCAGCUCGCACCCUGUCACCCUGAGGAGUACUGCCAGGAGAAUGACGGCCUGUAUUUCUGCCAGCCGCGCACUGAGGCCCUGUGUGUGGCUGCUGGCUAUGGACAUUUUCUGCCGUUUGGUGGCAUCCCGUUUGAGCUGCAAAGCUCUUGUACUCUUAGGAUGGCCACCACCAGCUGUGGGAGAGAUAUCAGGGACCAUGCAACCAUCGGAGGAACUUUUCCUCAAUUUAAAUUGGCAGCUCGUAAUGAGGAAAGAGACACAGGCCAAGCAAUUUGGGUGAGGGGCUUUGUACUGGAGGUCUACGAGUAUGAGAUUGAAGUGUCUCGAAGCUACAAAAACACUGUCACGGUGAAUAAGGAGCGCUUGUACCUUCCUCUGAAGCUGGGCCCAGGGAAAGUCAACAUCUUCACCUGGGGCAUGCAGCUCAUUCUGGAGACAGAUUUUGGCCUGAAGGUGGCCUUUGACUGGAACACACUCCUCCUACUGACUUUGCCCCGCGACCUCUACAACACCUCCUGUGGCCUCUGCCAGGGCAUGCCCUUAUCCCCACCCACCCUAACCACAACUGACUGGGGCAUGGCCUGGGCAGAGAGGGACACCUUCUGCCAGGUGGGCUGUGGAGACUCCUGCCCACGCUGUGGCCUGGGAGAGACGAGCGAGCUGUGUGGGCUGAUUGUGGAUCGAGGAGGUGUGUUUGCUCGGUGUCACAGCAAGGUGGCGCCAGCGUUCUUUUAUCAAAGCUGCCUGCAGGACACCUGUUUGGAUCAGGGAGCUCAGGAUACAAUCUGUAACUGGCUGCAGAUAUAUGCCAGCACCUGUCAGACCCAAGGGGUGCCUGUUACCGGCUGGAGGAGCGAGACCCCGUGUGUCCAGAGUUGUCCACCUAACAGCCAUUACUCCAGUUGUGUGUCGGUUUGCCCGCCCCAGUGCGCCCCAGCCCGCGGCCAGAGGGACUGCAGCCAGGACUGUGUGGAGGGCUGCCAGUGCGACCAGGGCUACGUGCUCAACGGCAAGAGCUGCAUCCUGCCUCAAAACUGUGGCUGCUACACUGAUGGCAAGUACUAUGAGCCCAAGCAGCUGUUUUGGAACAGUGACUGUACUAAACGCUGCCAGUGCAUUGGACGAAACCUUAUCCAGUGUGACCCGAGGCGCUGUAAGGCCGAGGAAGAGUGCACUCUGCGGUACGGAGUGCGGGGCUGCUUUGCCAAGCGCUCCCAGCACUGUGUGGCGUCUGGCGGUGGGGUCUUCAGGACCUUCGACGGGGCGUCGCUGCGGCUCCCGGCCUCCUGCUCCUUCGUCUUGUCCACAAACUGUCACAAGCUGCCCGACCUCUCCUUCCAGCUCAUUGCUAACUUUGAUAAGUGGAGCACACCCAACCUCACCACCAUCUCUCAUGUCUAUCUUUACCUCAACGAGGAGAACAUACUCAUCUCCGGCAGCACUGUCAAGGUCAAUGGGACACCAGUAUCAGUACCAUUUCUAACUGGGCUGAUGACACGCCUGUCCACGUCUGAAGGUUUCAUUGUCAUCGACACACCUCAGGACAUCCAGAUUCGAUACAACCGCUUUAACACCCUUAGCAUCACAAUGGGCCAGCGGCUCCAGAACAAGGUGUGUGGCCUCUGUGGGAAUUUCAAUGGAGACCCCAGUGACGACUACAUCACCUCCAGGGGCAAGCCGGCUGUCAGCGCCCUGGAGCUCGCACAGAGCUGGAAGACCAACGGUAUGCAGAACAGGUGGGUGAGGCCCAGCUGUGAUGAAACCCAGUUUGUGGCUCUGGCUCAGUCAUGUGAGAACACGGCGGUGCAGGCGCUGCAAAGUGAAGAUGCCUGUCAGAAGCUCACCCAGCUGAAAGGUUUCUUCCAGCCGUGCCACGGCCUGCUGGAUCCCCGGCCCUUCUACCAGUCCUGCUACCUGGACGGCUGCUACAAUCACCGCAAGGCUCAGGUCUGCGGCUCGCUGGCUGCCUACGCAGAGGCCUGCCGCUCCAUGGGCACCCUCACCACCAAGUGGAUCACCCAAGAGAACUGCUCAGAAUGGAUCUACGACCCCUGUGCAGGAGAGAUCUGCACAAACUUCACCUGUGAGCUGGAGAAUGGAGGCGACCUGUGUGGCUGUCCAGAGUUACCUACCAGCACUGGAGGUGAUGAUGACAUCAUCCAGGCGGAGGUGACCUGUAAGCAUGCUCAGAUGGAGGUCUCCAUCUCAAAGUGUAAGCUCUUCCAGCUGGGCUUUGAGCGAGAGGACGUCAGGGUCAACGACGAGCACUGCGCCGGCAUCGAGGGCGAGGACUUCAUCUCCUUCCACAUCAACAAUACUAAAGGCCACUGCGGCUCCAUCGUACAGUCUAACGGCACUCACAUCAUGUAUAAGAACACUGUGUGGAUAGAGAGUGUGAACAACACGGGGAACGUCAUCACCAGAGACAAGACCAUCAAUGUAGAGUUUUCCUGCGCAUACGAACUGGACCUGAAGAUCUCACUGGAGACUGUCCUCAAGCCCAUGCUCAGUGUGAUAAACCUCACCUUACCGACUCAGGAAGGAAACUUCAUCACCAAGAUGGCUCUGUAUAAGAACUCCUCAUACAGAAAUCCAUACAGGGAGGGGGAGGUGGUGCUCAGCACACGAGACAUCCUCUUCGUGGGCGUCUUUGUGGAAGGGGCAGAUGAAAACCAGCUCAUCCUCAUAGUUAACAUGUGCUGGGCCACGCCGUCCCGCUACAGCAGUGACCGACUACGUUAUAUCAUCAUAGAGAGAGGGUGUCCAAACAUUAAGGACAACACCAUCGGCAUGGCAGAGAACGGUGUAUCUCUCACCUGUCGCUUCCACGUCACCGUUUUUAAGUUCAUCGGGGAUUACGAUGAGGUCCACCUCCACUGUGACGUUUCUCUGUGUGACUCGGAAACAAACGCCUGCAAAGUGAACUGUCCACACAAGAGAAGAAUGUACUCAGAGGACACUGACCAUAAAGAGCACAUACUGAGUGUGGGACCCAUAAGAAGGAGAGAAGCAGACUGGUGUGAGGCUGAAAAUGGAGGCUGUGAGCAGAUCUGCACCAGUAUGAUGAGCGGGCCGGUCUGCAGCUGUGUGACUGGGAUGUUGCAACGAGACGGGAAAAGCUGCCGGAGUAAGAACCAGAGUGUGGUUCUCCAAGUAUGGUCCCUGCUCAAUGUUUGGCACCUUAAACGUUAUAAAUGUCAGUAUAUGUCACCACACUUUAACUCUUCAGUGUUCUUUACUGAAGCCAACUGAAAUCCUCAGUUCUGGAUUAGUUUUACAAUAAGGAGCAGUUUUUCAUUGGUAGGCCUGUUUUGCUACCCUCUAUGUACAAAUGUACAGUCCCUUGUCUGUCAGUUUGGUGGUUUAUGUCAUUUUUUUAAUAAUCAGUAUCUUGUUUUGAUGUU